AUGGAUGUAAACAGGUCCAUGGUCGGUAUCGAAGUCGGUCAGAGAGACGGCUAUGCAGUCGCUGGUACCAACGAACUAGGCGAAAGCACCAAAGCAGCCUUGGACUCUCUUCACCGACUAGCUCGACAUUCAAAUCUUGCCGCCGAGUAUGCCUUGAGGUUCAAGGAAGCUGAUGAGUUCUACGCUAGAAUUAUCGACGAUCAUAAUCGAAACCACGACUUGGACCGGGCUCUAGGUGCACGAGAAACAGGCCCGAGAACACGUAGUGUUCGAAUGGGUGGCAAUGGAGGCGGCGUUGAGGAAUGGCAUAAGAGGAAGGACUAUCUCACCAACAAUGGUUCCAUCAUUGGAGAUGACCGCUGCCGAGAUAAUGACGUGACAGAUCAAGCACAAACGCCGCUAUCGGACCACGUUCCACCUGGCAAAGAACACUCGCGAGGCCUGGAGCUGGAUUUGACGGCGGCUGGUGCAACACCUGCUGGCAUGCAAAGAUCACUUCGAGCCGAGUUAGCAAGCACGGGUCGGUUAAGCCAUACACCCCACGACUAUGGCGCUGCGUCAAGGCGUGGGAAUGGUUCAAACGACAAUCAGCAAUCCAGCGUGCCGGACCAUUCGCACUUUGACAGCCCGUCAGUGUAUGACUUGACAGCGACGGAUCACUAUACAGGGCUCGAUGCCGAGCUCGUCGCAGACAUUGAGGGGAAGCCCUUCGGGUUCGGUUAUUUGGACCAGAGCGUUUUCGUGGGAGGAUUCGAUGAGUUCUCCCCUGGCGGAUGGGAGGCCCCGUCACAGGAGGUAUCCAGACUACUGUUCCCUCUUACGGAAGAAGACGCAUGA